CGAAAAUCGAUAAUUCCAAUAAUAUUCUCGGGAAGUGAAAAUGGUCGAAACUGCUGUUUUUCGUAUCUAGUUACAGUGCUUGGCCUAUAUAGUGUGUGAAUUGUGUGUGACAUGUCUGUGUUUAGAACACUUCUCUCUGAAUCUUAGUAAUUCGCAGAACGAACCGGCUGUUCAAAUGACCUAACAGACAUCAGAAGACAGUGUGUUUUGUUGGAACCAUCAACUGAUCGACAGUUCGAUAGUUGACUGACAUGGUCAUGAAUAGCGCUCUUUUAAAAUGCGCCAUUCUUUGGCUCUCCUUAUUCGUCGGUUUUCGCUGCGUGUUAUCCGCAGACGUCGCCAAAAUAGAACUUCAGUUUUGUACAUUCUUCAACAACAGAGCUCCCGAAAUUCAACCCAGUUUGAAGAACUGCACCUGGUUCAAGGAUAAUAGCUGCUGUCGUCAGGAAGAAAUCGCCGCAACGUUCGGUCGAGUAAAACCGCUUCGGGGAGCUUCGGAAACGUGCCAGCGUUACACGAACUAUCUCAUGUGCUACAUUUGCGCGCCAAACCAAAACAUUUUCUACUUCCGCGAGAGACUUGUCGUCUGCGAGAGGUUUUGUGACGCCUGGUACUCCGCCUGCCAGACAGCCAUUUUGAAAGGAUCCAAAAUACGAGAUCUGUAUUCCGACGGAAGAGGUUUUUGCGUGGAUCGACUUUUUAAAGUCAAGAACAAUAACUGUUUCGACUUCAAUCCAAAUUUGGACACUUCUGGAUCUGCUGUUUUACUAAGCUGGUUAACAGUCAGUAAUAUGCUGAUAUAUUUAUUUACUACGCUGUGUUUUACAGAUUUAUUUUGUAUUUCAAGUUCUUAACGAUUAGAAGGUGCAUGAAUGGUUUGAAUAUAGACUGUUUUAUUUAUGAUAGUAUACAUGAAAUGUUUGGUCUUUUCAAUAUUAGGUUGUUUGAAAAGUAUGGACAACUAUGGUUGAGCAUAACUAGAUCUUUUUAUACGAAGAAUCAGCAAUAACAUAUAAUUUUAUUGCUCUACCUUAUGCUGCUUGAGUGCAAAAAUGUAACCAUCUUCAUCAAAAAAUAGCGGAGUCCAUUAUAAAGGAAGGAAAUGUUUUAUUUAACGAUGCACUCAACACAUUUUAUUUGCGGUUAUAUGGCGUCAGACAUGGUUAAGGACCAUACAGAUAUU